AAUGGUGGCUGAGCUCUCUGUGCAGACUCCGCUCGGAGGGUGUUGUGAAUUUAACUUUGUGAACUUUUAAAAACGAUCUCGGAAUUAUAAUCAACGACGACGACGACGUCAACGUUGCCGUGUUAGUGCAAGUGUAGUUUAGUGUGUUUUUUAUAAACUUAAACGUACAUUUAUAUCACCAAAACACUGAAAAAUGUGAAAGCGUUCAGCUUGAGGUUCGUGUGUCCGCGCGGGUUGAUUUCGGCGGCGUGGAAAGUUUAUUUUUUAGAGUUUUUGUUUAAAUUAUAAAUUAUUAUAAAUAGUUAUUACUGCUGCUGCUGUAGUUAUCAAACAACCACAAUAGAGGAGGAAGAUGGGUCUACCGCCGCUGGAGUUUGUAGAUUGUCACAUCGACAGCCCUCAGUUCAGGGAACGUCUCAAGUCGCACGAAGUGGCCCUCGACAAAACCAACAAGUUCAUCAAGGAGCUCAUCAAGGACGGACGGGGCCUCGUAGCCGCCUUCAAAAAUUUGUCACAGGCCAAGAGGAAGUUCGCUCAGUCGCUGGCCAGCUUCAAGUUCGACUGCAUCGGCGACGCCUCCACGGACGACGAAGUCAGCAUCACCGGAUCACUCCAAGAGUUCGCAAAGCUCCUGGGCUCCAUGGAGGACGAGAGGGAGAGGAUGAUAGCUAGCGUGUGCGACGUGUUGAUCACUCCGUUGGAGAGGUUUCGCAAAGAUCAAAUUGGCGCUGCCAAGGACGAGAAGAAGAAGUUUGACAAGGAGAGCGACAAGUACUACACGCAGCUGGAGAAACACGUCAGCCUAUCCUCCAAGAAGAAGGAGACCCUCCUCACUGAGGCCGACACGCAGCUGGAGGUGACACGGAGGCACUUCAACGAGGUCUCCCUGCAGUACGUGUGCAAGGUGCAGGAGGUGCAGGAGCGCAAGAAGUUUGAGUUUGUGGAGCCGCUGCUGGCAUUUCUCCAGGGUCUCUUCACGUUCUACCACCAGGGCUACGAGCUCGCCAAGGAGUUCCACCACUACCAGCACUUCCUGCAGGGCAACAUCCAGAACACGCGGGAGCGCUUUGAGAGCACGCGCUCCGAGGUGGAGCAGCUGAUGCAGAAGAUGAACACCUCGUUUGGAGCGCGCGUCCCCCAGAACCCGUUCGUCAUCGAGGGCUACCUCUUCAUGCUGGAGAAACGUCACUUUGGCUCCGCGUGGGUGAAGCACUACUGCUGCUACAGCAAGAACACGGGCUACUUCUCCAUGCUCGCCUACGACCCGAAGCCGACCGGGAAGCUGAACGGACUGGUGUUGAGUCCACAAGGAGAGCGGGACUCGUUCCAGCUCAAAUCGUGCGUGCGGCGAAAAACCGACUCCAUCGAGAAACGCUUCUGCUUCGACAUCGAGGCCAUCGACAGACCAACCGUCAUGACGCUGCAGGCUCCCUCGGAGGAUGAGCGGAAGCUGUGGAUGGAAGCGAUGGAUGGCAAAGAACCCGUUUACACAAUGCCAAGACUAAACAGCAAGCGGGAGGAGACGCAACUCAAUGAUUUGGGCUUCAACUUUGUAAGAAAUUGCAUCUCUGCGGUUGAAACGAGAGGAGUGACCACUCAAGGGCUGUACCGGAUCGUAGGGGUCAGUUCCAAAGUGCAGAAGUUGCUGAGUCUGGCUGUGGACCCCAAAACGGCGGCGGAAGUUGACCUGGAGAGCCCCCAGGACUGGGACAUCAAGACGAUCACCAGCGCACUCAAGAGCUACCUGAGGACUCUCCCCGAACCCCUGAUGACUCAUCAGCUGCACGCCAGCUUCAUUCUUGCCGCAAAGCUGGAGAACCCGGAGAGCCGUGUGAAGGCGGUCCACGCUCUCGUCUACCAGCUGCCCGACGCCAACCGCGACAUGCUGCAGCUCAUCGUCCACCACCUCAUCGUCGUGGCGAGUCACAACAAGCAGAACCUCAUGACGGUGGCCAACCUGGGCGUGAUCUUCGGCCCGACGCUCAUGCGGCCGCAGGAGGAGUCGGUGGCAGCCAUCAUGGAGAUCAAGUUCCACAACAUCGUCAUCGAGAUCCUCAUCGACAACGCGGACAAGGUGUUCAAGACACCCCCUGACCCGGACGCCCCCCUGCUGAUUCCCCAGCCCAACGUCCCUCACCGGCAUGGCAAGACGCCCGGUGGUGGUGGCGGUGGUGGCGGUGGUGGCGGUGGUGGUGCCGUGGGUAGCAAGACCCCUCGGCCCAUGGGCGGGGUCUACAUGACCUCCAGCCGGGACGGAGUUGACGUGAAGCCUGAAAACAGCACGGCCGCCACAACAACAACAACAAGAACCGCCACCACCACCGCAGCAGCCGCCACCAACAACACCACCAACACCACCACCAGCACCACCACCAACAACAACAGCAGCAGCAGCAGUAGCCCAAGCUCCAGCUCCGAGUCCAUCGCCUCGUCCCACUCCUCCGACGCCGCCACCGCCGCCGCCGGUCCGCCCUCACCGCCGCGACUCUACCCGGAUUUGUCGUCGGAGCUGCCGAGGGCACCGCCGGCAUCGUCGCCGCCAGCGUCGCCAUCGUCGCUGUCACCGUCGUCGCUGUCCGUGAAGGAGGCGACGCCGUGGGGGGUGGCGGCCGUCGUGGGCGAGGAAACGCCGGCGUUUAAGGGCGGCGCUGCUGCCGCCGCUGCUGCCUCCAAACCCGACGCUUUCAUCAUAGCAAGGACCCCGUUCUAUGAGUCUUCAUCCAAAUACAGCCGUCCUUCCAGCAGGCAGGCCCGGGCGCGGUACGCGUGUGAAGCGGAGCACGAGACGGAGCUCUCCUUCAUGCCCGGGGACCUCUUCACCAACGUGCACAAGUCCCGUGAGCCGGGGUGGCUGGAGGCGACGCUGAACGGGAAGACCGGACUCAUCCCACAGAACUACGUCGAUCUGCUCUGAGUGGCAGCGCUCCGUCCCCCAGCGCUCCGUCGCCGCUCCGCCCAGGGUCGGCGACCCGUCUCGGGAUCUCGGGGUGAAACUCGGGAUCGCGGGGACCGCCGACACAACGGAGGAGCGUCCUCCCGCUCAACUUGGGAAUCGCGCCCGAAGGUUUUCUCUGCAACGAGCCCAGCCCGUCACCGCCGCGUCUUCUUCUGCCCGCACCGAUCCCUGAUCGCUGAUCGUUGAUCGCCGAUCGCUUUCUCUCAACUGUGAAGUUCGUCGUUGAAACGGCGACAACGGCGGCUCCCGUGCCAGGCUAGGUGCGCUUUACAAAGCGGGCGCGGCAAGCCGGGACGGCGAGAGGGAGGUCACGGGGGAGGUCAUGGGGGUGGGUGGCCACGGGGUCACCGACUGAGAUGACUGCCGGCAGACGCACACCCGACUCUCGCUGCGCUUUAUCCGCCCGGCGCUCUCCGCUCGUUGUUGUGAGCGUCGCUCCUCCGCCCUCCGUUGUUGCUGGAGGGCGACUGCCUCCAACUGCCCAGUAGCGUCCUUCACGAGCCUCCUCCUCCACUGAGGCCGAUCUUGACACCGCUGGUACCAGUCAUCGGCAAGUCCACUCAGCUCCACGUCCUCCUGUACCACGUCACUCCAUCUCUUCUCUAGCCCGUGCCGCGCCCGUUUAGCCCCCUCGAUCCGGCCGAACAAAAGCUGUUUGGGCAUGCGGUGGCUGGGCAUGCGGGCUACAUGGCCCAGCCAACGCAGCCUUGCCUGCCGGAGGAGCUCACCGAUGGGACUUGGCCCAGAUCUUUCCAACUGCCCAGUAGCAGCGUCCUUCACGAGCCUCCUCCUCCUCUACGAAGGCCGAACUUUUGACGGCUGGUGAUCAUCGUCUGCUCCACGUCCUCCUGUUUGGCAUCGGCCCAUCUGCUCUCCAGCCUGUGCCGACACACGAGACCACACAGACAAAGAUCCCCCUCGUAGCCUAUCGAGGUUGUCGGGGCAAGUGCUAUUGGCAAUCGCCAAUGAAGGCCGGGCGGUCGGCGCCACGCCCGGCCACAUUUGUUUCACGAAUGGCGAUGUUUCGUUUGUUCGCCCCACCCCCCGCACCUCCUAUUAGCACGGUUGGCUACGUACGGUGCAAAAGAAGUUCAACACGCAGACACGGACACACGUACGUACACACACCACCACCACACCCCCCACAACAUGGGCUCCGCUACACAGCCCGGAAGUCACGUGACCAUGUCUUCAAAGAAUAUAUAUUUUUUGGUUUGUUUUCAUUCGCGCGCGUGCGUGUGCGUGUGCGCGUGAGUGUGUGCGAGCGUGUGUGUGUGCGCACAUGUGUGUGUGCGUGCGUGCGUGUGCGCGCGCGUGUGUAUGCGUGUGUGUGUGCGUGUGUGCGUGUGUGUGUGCGCGCGUGUGUGUGUGUGCGUGCGUGUGUGCGCCGCGCUACGAAUCCCGGGCGACCCAAGUUCGAUUCCCGCUCACGACCAACACCACCAGUAGCGGAUAAUUAUCCGCUACUGGUGCGGCGUGCGGUGACACGUCGCCAGCACUGGGGAGACAAAGGCGGCCGGGCGCGGCGCUGUCCACCCACCACCUCGUGUGCCGUGCCAGCCUUCGUAGGUGCUGCUACUCGCUAGCAGCACUUGCCCCGAACAGUCUGUUAAGAGGCCGUACCGGGAGGAGGCGGCGGGGGGGGGGGGAAUAUUUGACUUUUGUCCAUGUCCCUGAAUCGUGCGGCGAGAAAGAGAGAGUGAGAGAGAGCGAGAGAGAGCGAGAGAGUGAGCGAGAGAGUGGGCGAGAGAGUGGGCGAGAGAGAGCGAGAGAGAGUGAACGAGAGAGUGAGCGACCGAGACAGUGAGCGAGAGAGUGGGCGAGAGAGUGGGCGAGAGAGUGGGCGAGAGAGUGGGCGAGAGAGAGCGAGAGAGUGGGCGAGAGAGUGAGCGAGAGAGUGACCGAGACAGUGAGCGAGAGAGUGAGCGAGAGAGUGGGCGAGAGAGUGACCGAGAGAGUGGGCGAGAGAGUGAGAGAGCGAGAGAGGAUGAUCUAAAUGUUGAGACGCGAAUGAGGGGGGGCCGGGUGGUUCGUUUUAUCGCUUUGUUAACGACACUGCAUUUCUCGUUCUUAAUUUACUGAUGUGAAUACACUGUGUGUCCUGCAUACGUAUAUACGCGCGUGCGCGCGAGCGGACGUUUUAAAUGCUGUAGGGAAGAAAAAAAAAUACGAAUCUUAUAUAUGUCCAUUUUGUUGUUGUUGUUGGUUGUUGUUGUUGGUUGUGGUUGUUGUUGCCGGGAAGGUUGUUGUGAGUAAACGCCGGAUGCGGCCGCUGUGGAGUUGAGCGGCGAGCGGAUUCGUUCCGUCUCCCCGUCGGGUCACACCGAUGAUACGUUUAGGAUCGCCGUUCGGGGGCGGGUGGCGUCGGGAUGAAACUUGCAGCUUGAGUCCCGAGGGGUUUCGCGCAACGCUCGGUAGGGUGCGAGGUUUGGGUUGUUAUGCUUUCAGGUAAAACAAGUAAACCCGUAAAAACAAAGUUUUUCACUAUGAAUCCUUUAUAUGCGUGGCGGCUAGAGUCCUCUCGUCCUCUGGCUUGAGAUGGCUGCCACCUAUGGGUCAGAUGAUUGCAUUGCACCAUUAAGCAAUUGGUAAUUAAAUAUAAUAUUUUUGUCCUAAAAAGUGUAAACUUUUGGAAAAAAAAUUCACAAACAUUAAUUGUCACGCACAACGAGUCUGUGUGCAAAAUGUCAGCUCGAUUGGAUCACGGGAAGUGGGUUAAAAAAACGACCGAAAGAUUUGCACGGUCGUAAGCAAGCAAGCAAGCGAACUUAAUAUAAAGGAUUUAAAAACAACACACGCACGAAUCGUUCAGUAUUGUCCACUGCCCGUUUGAAAUGAUCGCUUAAUUGCUGCGAUGGUCACUGCGGCCACCAAAAAUGCAAUCAGCGACGACAACAUCAAUUUAGUUGUUAGUCUUACACUUGAGUGUAUCUCUCACUCCCUUCUUAAGUCUUACCGAGUCUCAAGGACCCUUCGUCAAGAGAGGGUUGCGUGUGUGUGUAAUGAAAGGCAAGUGUGGUUGAUGUUAGUGUGUGGGUAACUCCCAUGGUGGGUUGCUGGGACCCACCAUGGGUCUACCCGUGGCACCUGCUGGGUCUGCCCCGUGACCUCCUGCACCUAGCCUGGCACAGUAGGAGGCACAGGUGGUGCAUCUGCCAGUAGCCAUCUCAGUCAAGUCUACCCGUGGCACCUGCUGGGUCUGCCCGUGACCUGCCAGCGGGCAUUCGACACUUCAUGUGGUAGCCUCAACGUGCACAUGGCCUGGCACGAGCGUCGUGGUGACAUCACCGCCACUUAGUGGUGAAUGGCGGUUGUUGUUGUUGUUGGCCAGCGUGGAAGAGUAGGCCAAAGACCCCUCUAAGCCAGUGGUUCUUAACCUUUCCUGCAGCCCUGUGGUUUCUCUGAAAGGGCAUCUCUCACUCCCAGGGGGUGCACUAUGCAAACCCAGGUUCAGAAAAAAUUAACCCGUAAAAACAAAGUUUUCCACUCUAAAUCCUUUAUAUGCGUGGCGGCUAGAGUCCUCUCGUCCUCUGGCUUGAGAUGGCCGCCACCUAUGGGUCAGAUGAUUGCCUGCCACCAUUAAGCAAUUGGUAAUUAAAUAUAAUUUAUUUUUUCCUAAAAAGUGUAAAAUUUUGGAAAAAACAUUUUCACGAAAAUAAAUUGUCACGCACAACGAGUCUGUGUGCAAAAUGUCAGCUCGAUUGGAUCACGGGAAGUGGGUUAAAAAACGACCGAAAGAUUUGCACGGUCGUAAGCGCGCAAGCAAGCAAGCGAACUUAAUAUAAAGGAUUUAAAAAGACGACUGCUCCACGCAAAGCAUUUGUAUUCUUAGGUUUUUUUUCGGUAAAGUCACGUGGAAUUUAAAGAGUUUAUUUUCGACUGCUACAAAUUCACAGCUUUGUACCUGGCCUUACCUGGUCAAGUAGAGAGUAGUUAAGUUUACUCAUGGAAGACCAAAUACGUUGUCGCCGCAGCUGCCUGGAGUUGUUGAUAUUCUUAGGUUUUUUUCGGUAAAGUCACGUGG